AUGCUGGGGCGCCUGCUAGUAGCCAUACUUGCCUGCGGACAGCGAAAGCUCGGUGCGAUGGGGUUGAUCAUAAAAGGAACCACCACGUUCGUCGGGGAGUACCCGUGGCACGUUGCCCUCUUCCGGAAGGGAUUCGCCCGUACGGCGGACUACAUCUGCGGUGGCUCGAUCAUCAGCCCCAACUUCGUGCUGACAGCUGCUCACUGCAUCGAAGACCCGCGACCGAGCCAAUACUUGUUCCGAGUGGGACUUCACAACCUGCAGAACGCCAGCGAUCCGGACACGGUCGGCUACAACGUGUCCGAGAUCAUCGUACAUCCGGAGUACGAUAGGCGAAAGUUCAGCAGUGACAUUGCGCUGCUCCGUUCCGACGGGGACAUAUCGUUCGCGGACGUGUCGAAGGUGCUACCGAUCUGUCUGUGGGCCAACGAUGAAACCGGCCAGCUCGGAGAGCUCCUCGACAAGGCGGGAUACGUCGCCGGCUGGGGUUUCAACGAGAACUACACGGUAAGCGAUGUGCUCCAAUCGGCCAAACUCCGGGUCGUGGACAGGGAUACCUGCUGGCGGGGGCUACCGGAACACAACCGCUUCCUGCUCGAGCACUCCGGUAAGCUCUGUGCCCGCGGCUGGGACGAAGGGGUAAACGUGUGCUCGGGCGAUAGCGGUGGUGGGCUGUACUUUGUGCGCGAUGGCGUGUGGUACCUGCGAGGUAUUGUGAGUGCCGCACCCCGGCAGGAGCACGACACCGGGGAGACGAGUUGCAAUCCGAUGGGAUACGCCACGUACACCGAUGUGGCGCAGUUCCGGGCUUGGAUCGAUGCCCAUCAGGCGAUCGUCAACCAGCGCAACCUGCUGAACCUCGAGCACUGCGGGGACGACCGAUUCGAGCAGGUGCAGGACGAGCACGCGAAGCCACUGUUCCAGCAGUACCCGUGGAAUGUGCUGUUGGAGUUCUUCCAGAAAGACCGGCCAACCCCCCAUCUGCUGUGUGGCGGGGUGUUGAUCCACCGGCGCUUCGUCCUAACGGUCGGCCAUUGCGUUGACGGCAUCUUGCGUGGAUACGAACUACGAACGGUACGCCUGGGAGAGUUCAACACGCGCACCGCACUCGACGGAGAUCCAAACUCGCCCGAUACUACAACCCUGUCCACCCAGUCGAUCGGGAUCGAGCGGAUCAUCAUCAACCCGCGGUUAAAUCAACCGAGUUACGGCAACAACCUGGCGCUGCUCCGGUUGCGGCACGAUGCCGACACCCGGAAGCCCAACGUUGCGCCGAUCUGUCUGCCCAGUCUGGUCGAUUACACACAAACCAACCUGACGCUGACCGGCUGGAUGCGCGAAAAGUUCGUCUUUCCGGAGUUGGCGCGCGACUCGAUGAACCUUUCGUCGGCCGCCGAAUGUCGGUCGCAGUACGCAAAAGUCGGUGUCCAGCUUCAGUCCCGAGCGCAGGACUCGUUCAUGUUCGGGGUGUUCAACGCGCCGAAGAGCGGGUUCCGGUGCAAGAACUACGCCGCCGGGUCGGCCCUGCAGUACAUCAAGUUCGCCGACCGGAAGGCGCGCUACUUCCUCGCCGGGCUGCUGACGUUCAACUUUCCGAGCUGCCACCAAGAUGGGUGCGAAAUGUUCGCCAGCAUCACGAACGCUGGCUCGUGGAUUCAGGACGAGGUUAACAAGCUUCAGGUGCUGUGA